UCAUUUAGACAACUACAAGAUACUUUACCCUAAUAACCAAGAAAAUUAAUUUCAAUAAAGCUAUGAGUAUUAAGGAAUAUUUAAUUCCCCUUAAGCAUAUAUACUUAGGAUCACAUAUGUAUAAAGCUAGUUUAAGAAUAUUAUUCAUUUCAUUAUAAUUCAAGGCAAGAAUAAUGAGUUCACCUAGCUAUACAUAUAAAUUGCAUGGAAAAUAUUAAAACAUAGAGAGUACAAUGCAAAUGGGUUUGAUCUUAUUUGGUUGCUUCUUUUUGCUUGCUCUACUAUCAGCUGCAGCUGAUCAGACUCUGUUUCUUCCACAAAACAAGGUAAGAAAUUGCACAUAUGCGAUAACAAUAGAGACAACAUGCACUAGAGGAGCAGAAACUUCAAAUCAUGUCAGCAUAAGAUUUGGAGACACAAAAUCAAACGACAUCGUAACACAUCAUCUAAACUCCAAACAUGUAAGAAAAUUAGAUCCAUUACAACCUCAAGUUCUCGAUGAUAUCCCAACAAAACCUUUUCAAGCUUGCAUGAUUGAUCAAUUUCAAGUCACGAGCCAAUGUGUGGACUCACCAAUUUGCUAUUUAUAUCUAAAAUUGGGAGGAAAAGAUGACUGGAGGCCAGGUUUUGCGCAAGUUAGGGUUUUGGACGGGUCUCAUCUUAGCUCGGAUUAUUUCUAUUUUCGUCGAUAUUUGCCUCGUCGAGUUUGGUAUGGAUUUGACGUGUGUGACAAGGAAGUUACUCCUUUUGGGGUUAAAUAUAAGAGAAAGGUCUUUGCAAGAAAGCUAUAGCUAAGUUAAUAUUAAUGUUUGACAUGAAAUGAGCUACAUUUUGUACAUAUAUAAUUAAUGUUUACAAAAUGCUUGAUUGUGUUGGGGCUUUUUCCCUUAAUCAAAAAUAUAAUGUGGUUAGUGUUGUCAAGAUGUUA